AUGCUGGCUGUGAAUGUUUUGGGGCCCAGCCCCUUGACCUUUCACGCAGAUCCUCCAUGUUUGAAAGCCCAUAAAGCCCUACCUCGAAAGCGCGAUUUUCCUAGUCAUGGUUUAAUAUCGAUACCGCCGUCAUCCAGUCUAAGACAAGAUGCCACGCCUUCUUCGAAUGGAUUCGCCUAUUCCCCUGCGCCAACGCUUCCGUUGACACCGCCCGGCCUCCCGUUAUUGCCCCACAAGAGAGUUAACAAUGUUAUUUCGCGGGAGGGAUCCAAUGAGCUUAUUCCAGGCACCACAGGAACUGCUACGCCAACGCACCAGUUUAGCCCCCCGACGCCCGAUAUUACACCUCCACGAGCACUUUCGUGCUUUAAGAAAAGAGAAGGGCUUACACCAAUACAGCCAUCAAUGGCCUCAAGGGCUGAGUCAUUUACAACUGCUCGAGAAGCUUUGUCAUCGGACGAAGAUGUGGCGGAAAGAAGAAAUGCAGCAGUGCCACUGUUAUUGCGCCCAACAAUACCCAAGCUGCCUCAUCCUUUGCGAACGAAUACGUCAUUUUGGGAGCCAGACCUCCAGAGAAAUGUUGGACCAACAAGGGAUGGCCAUGAGCGUGUUGACCAGACAGAGGCAACCAUGUUCGAUUCCUUUGAAGGAGAGUGGGUUAAGCCACAUGAAAACAAUAUGAUCAGAUCCCAUGAAAACAAACACAAGCGCCCUCCAAUUCUUGCAGAUCAUGAUCCGUUCUCACAGAACAGCAACAACCCUUGCGAUUUGCACGCGACAAAUAAAUCUUCGUGGAAUAGGGAAAGGAGCUUGAAGGAAAGGCUUCAAAAUUCCCGCAGAACACCUAUUACAUCCGUUGAAAAGGUCGCAGAAGAUUUAGAAUGGGUUUCAGGAGACGACCACCUCGAGAUGACCGAUCGCGUCCGUACUUGGCGACUUUCUGGGAUAUCGACUUCCUCGACUGUGGAAGCGAUGGUGAUCGACUCUCCACCACGAAAACAUCCGACACUAAGGCAUUCGGAGAAGCAUUCCUCCCUUCGAUCUGCCAGAUCUGCGAGUUCGCCAAUUCCAAAGUCAAACUUCGACGACUCGGCAUCGUCUUUGGCGGACCACCGCCAUCGUCUGAACCGAAAGUCUGCCCGGAUUACCAAUGAAAAUCGAUGGAGUGUGUCAUCGGAUAUGUCCUUUGCUGCGAGUGUAGUCUCUGUGCGACCAAAAUUGAAGCAGGAUGUCGUACCAGUUGUCGUCAUUCCCCAACGACGAUCCUCAUUGAAAUCUACAAAUUCGGCCAGCAGAAGCGAUUCAAAAACACGUUCCCUCGGGUUUACUCUUCGCCCUACCACUGCGCCAGACAGCGGAAUUAGGUCGUUUGAUAUAUCCCAACGACAAAGGCGUACCUUGUCCGCAUCUUUACCUUCAACGAGCUAUACAUCCGGGCCUAACAUUCCUCAAAGAAAGUCUUCAUUAUCCGCACCUACCAGCAGGAGUAACUCUAGAGCACCUUCACUUACUUUGGAGAGUUCACGCCGUCAUGCUGCCGUGCCCGUCCAACCCCCUGCUCCCGAAACCCCCACCAAAAGACCUAACAAACCGACAACUCCAAAAACCACCAUUCCUGAACCUGAGAUCACAAGUCUAAGUCCACAUGUAUUCGAGCAGCCUGGCUAUGAACAUGGCCUAAUAGCCUCUCCAUCUCUAUAUCUUACUCCAUUUCAGCCAUCGAUUCAAUCUCUAUCUCCAGGUCCAGUGGAGAUUCACGAGGCUAGAGCCGUCCCAUUUUUCUUUCACAACAACAAAUCCCUUUUACUUAUAGACCAACAGCCGGCGGUUGCUGAAUCUCGAGCUGUCCAAUACCUUCGCACUGGGCCAGGUCGCUUGGAAAUGAAAGUUACUCGACCACAAACUCCCGAAAUGCCCUCCCAAGCAACGACAAGUGAUUUUUAUUCUCCCCUCCACAAUCCUCGCGCCCCUCCUAGACCCCCAGCUGUCAAAUUCAUCCCACCAACUCCUAUUGGUGAUAUUGGUCUAACACUGGUUACGGAGAGAACCAAUUCGGAUAGUAACAAUGGUCGAGUUCGCCGCGUCAACUCCGUUCGCCGCGCCUUUGGCUCAUGGAGGCGUACGGAAGCAUAUCCCGUCACUUUCCCGUCACAACACGUUCGAAACACGAAAGCUGGCACUAACAUAGACAGCAAGUUACACCCCUUCUGGCUCCCACAACCAUUCUGGGAAGGAUUCGCAGACUCCGAUUGUGAAGUGGAGGGUGGUGUCACGUCCAGUUCUCCCCUGGCUAGAGGCAACGAUGAUCUAAUCGUCAGCAACUCCCUAGGCAUACCGCAAAAGCGUGUCACUCUCGCCGGCCCGCUGACUAUAAUUCGACGGAUCUCUAACAGAACUCGAUCUCGUCGGGCUGCACGUCGCAUGAACAACAGAAACCAGGAGCUUGCAUCGCACUUUAAAUCGACCUUCCCGGCGCAUCAAGUUCACUCUUCUACCCGUCACAAUCGCCAUUACACGAUGUCUAGAGCUGGCCUUUUGCACAUACCUGUCAGCUCCGUGCGCGGGUUACAAGAGUGGAUUGCGCGGGCUAGGCGUCAGAGGACGCAGGAUAAACUUGAAGAGCGAAGGGAGAAGCUGAGACAAAAGAUUGGGGGACGCGUUUUGCCAGCUAAUGCGGCUCUCAUCGUUCCGGAUGGCCGUUGA